CUUAAAGGUCAAGGUCACUUUUUCCAUGAUGGCCGCCUCCUGAUAUCUGAGUACCACGUGUAGUCAUGUUUACGUGCUGAAAGCUCUAUGUCUAUGUCAGCAUGUCAAGUAUAUCAUAUGUGUCAGCUACAGACAUUCUCAAAGAUCCAUUUUCUGGAUUCAAGGCAAUGACAAGUUCCAGACAGAUUUGCCUGCCCCCGCGAUACUUAGGAAACAUAUCUCAAGGAAUUCGAGAUCAGCUGGACUCUGAAAUCAACUUGUUUUGCACAGAUUUGCAGAGUGUAGUCAUAGGUUAUGACAACAUCAAAUUGCUUAGUUCUGUUGGGAAUAUUAUGGAUGACUUGCCUUUCCUUCAUCUCAGAGUACAAGCUGACUACAUCCUCUUCAAACCUACCCUGGGAUGUCUUCUCAAGGGUACAGUAAACAAGAUGAGCAAAGAUCAUGUUGGAUGCCUGGUUCAUGAUCGUUUCAAUGCAUCAAUCCAUCGACCUCGAAUCCACCUGAAUGGCUGGCGUGGGUCCAUGCUUCGACCAGGGGAGGAGUUUCCAUUCCAAGUGGAAGAUAUCUUCUCCAACAACGCAGUUAUCUCCCUUAAGGGGAAGUUAGUGGAUCAGAAUAUCAUUGAAGAAUACCUGAAAUCCCUUCAAAACAAUGGCAACUCACCAUGCACAGGAACGAAAAAUUAUUCUUCUCCAAGGAAAGAUGACUUUCUUGUAGACUCAGAAGGGGAGAUAACUCUUGAUAAAGAACAUAUUUUGUCUCAGAAGCGAGGAAGAACAAGUUCAGGAUCUGGAGAGAAUGACAAGGUUGAUGGAAAUGUUUUUCAUUUAGUUGAUGUUAUUUCUGAGAAGGAAGUAUGUCUGCCAAAGUCUAAAAAAAGGAAGACAAAAGAUGUGCAUAAAGAAGAUUCCCAUGAUGUUCGUAAAAAUGUACAAGUAAAGUCCUUGGUUCAGAGUGAACUUGAGCCAUUAACUCCAGUUUCUGUAAAGAAGAGAAAGCUGAAUUACUCAGACCCAGUUAAUGAAAGUGUGUUGGUUAAAAAGGUUCGCUUCGAUCCAGUAUUGUUGCUUCUUUUGAAAAGUCAAAGAAGAAAAAGAAGAAAAGGAAUUCGCUUUGACAUCUCAGAAAUAUCUGGUGAAGAUACGUCAUAUCUUGUGGAUAGUUCCUAUGAGAAUAGUUCUGGUUUUGAUAAUGUUAGUGGACAGUCAGAGACAGAGAAGAAGAGGAAGAAGAAGAAGAAAAGGAAGGAGAGUGUACAUGAAAUCUCUGAAAUUUCAGGAGAAGGUACGUCCGAUUUUGGUGAUAGUUCAUUCCUGGACAAUUCUGUCUUGUUUUGUGAGGAAAGUGAGCAGUCUCGAACAGAGAGGAAGAAGAAGAAGAAAAAGAAGAAAAAAGCAGAGGAUGACGUUUCUGGUGAUGUAGAAUCACCUGCCACAAAAAUUAAGCCAAAACCAAAUUUACUUGGAAAAGAAUCACACAGCAAGAAGAAGAAUACCCACAAUGAGAGUGUAUCUGUGUUGGAAGGUGAAUCAUCGGGUCAGGAGAAUGUUCUCACUGGUCUUGCAUCUGGUUUAGGGGAAAUAUUAUCGCAGAUGCAGUCGAAGACCAAAAAGAAAAAGAAUAGUCAGAAAGAUUUAUUGGAGGUAAUGAUGGCAUUACAGAACGAGGUGACAAAAGCUGCAGGCAGACUUACAACGCCAUCUCCAGCUGGGAGGAAGAAGAAAAAACAGAAGAAGAAGAGAAAGAGUGAGGCAUCCUCCUCCUCGGAAGAGGAACUUGAUGUGUCCCGAGACAAAGCAUCGCAUAAGUCAAGACAUAGAUCAAAGAGUGAUGACUCCUAUGUUGUGGAGAGUGAACCCUCGACAAGCAGACUGAGUGUGAAAAAGAUGGACGCCAGUACGAGUGAUAGGUCGCUUUCAGAGUCUGUGUCUAAGAAGAGGAAGAGGGACACUACUGUGCAGAUGGUGCAUGAUGAUGAUGAGCUGCUAGUACGGAAAAAGAAAAAGAAGUUAAAGAAAAAACAUAUGUCGUUUUAAGAUUUGUUAAUAAUGUUAUCAUGAAGGAAUUUACUAUCACUGAUAAUUUGUAGAAUGUUAAACACAUUUUGUUUGAUGUCUGAUAUGAAUAAACUUCUUUUAUGUAUAAUGAAACAGGUGAUAUUAAAUUAAAAUUGUUUGAAA